GUAUUGUAUUGAUUUGCCCUAUGGAAUAAUUACAUAGGUGUUCUGCCCUUUUCGAAAGGACCUUCGACAGACAUUCUUGUGAGGAACGUGAGCUGAUGCGAAAGAGUGCCCGCGAUGUCGAGUAACUUGCAGCCGCAGGUACCCAUCGAAGAGAGCAAGACUGGCCCUAUUGAGAAUGGAGGAAAGGGAGCUGAGAAUGAGAGCCAUGCAGGAGCCAGAAAGAAAGUCGUGGUUGUAGGGCUGGGAAUGGUUGGCAUUAGUUUCAUAGAGAAGCUAAUGAAACUCGACGCAAAGAGACGAGAAUACGAUAUCAUUGUCAUCGGCGAAGAAGCGCAUGUGGCAUACAAUCGAGUAGGAUUGACGAGCUUUUUCCAACACCGAAAAGUCGAGAAUCUGUACCUGAAUCCACAAGAAUGGUAUUCCAAUGUCCCAGAUGGGGCUCUUCAUUAUCACCUCAACACGAAAGUUACAGAAAUCCACCCAGAGCACAAAGUUGUCUCCUGUUCCUCCGGCGAAACUGUUCCAUAUGAUAUCCUCGUCCUAGCUACCGGCUCCGAUGCCCUCCUUCCCAGACACACUCCCGGCCACGAUGCCAAAGGCGUAUUCGUUUACCGCACGAUCGAAGACUUACAAAACUUAAUAGAAUUCUCCGCUCAGCGCAAGGGAACAUAUGGCGCUGUUGUGGGUGGUGGUCUCUUGGGGCUCGAAGCUGCGAAAGCCAUGAUGGAUCUGGAAGCUUUUGAGAAAGUCAAGCUGAUCGAGCGGAAUCGCUGGGUUCUGAGCAGGCAACUCGAUGCCGACGCUGGUGGCCUGGUAGUUGGACAAGUCCGGGAUUUAGGUUUGGACGUUAUGCUCAGCAAGCGGGUGGGCAAGAUCGAAGUCACCGAGGACAAUUAUGUGAAGGGUGUUGUUUUUGAGGACGGGGAGAGAAUGGAUUGCUCCACUAUCUGUUUCGCAAUCGGUAUUAGAGCCCGCGACGAGCUGGCCCGGAAAGCUGGCAUCAAAUGUGCGGAUGGAGGAGGGGGCGGAAUCGUGGUUGGCGAGGACCUGUCCACAAGCGUCAAGGAUAUCUACGCAAUUGGCGAGUGUGCGAGCUGGGAGAACCAGACAUUUGGCCUCAUUGCUCCUGGUGUUGAGAUGGCCGAUGUCCUAUCCUUCAACCUCACACAGGCGAAGGUGCACUCAUAUCGGAAGUUCAAGCGACCGGAUUUGAGUACCAAGUUGAAGCUGUUAGGUGUCGAGGUUGCAAGUUUCGGAGACUUUUUCGCCGAUAGAGAUGGACCCAAGUUUCUCCCAGUGCGCGCGAGCAGAAAGAAGGAACAAACCCAAGAUGACCCGACCAAACCCACGGAUUGCACACCCCCGUCUCCCGUCAAGGCCUUGACGUACAAAGAUCCAUUCCAGAAUGUCUACAAGAAGUACUUGUUUACAUUGGACGGGAAGUAUCUACUUGGAGGAAUGAUGAUUGGUGAUACCAAGGACUACAUCAAGCUUGUGGCAAUGGUCAAGAACCAAAAGGCUCUGGAGGUUCCACCAAGUCAAUUCAUCCUGGGUGCAAGCAAAGAGGGAGACGAUGGCGCCGAUGAUUUGGACGACGACACACAAAUUUGCUCUUGUCACAAUGUCACCAAAGGAGACGUCGUCAAUUCGAUAAAAGAUGGAACCUGCAAGAGCAUAGGAGAUGUCAAAUCCUGCACCAAGGCGGGAACUGGUUGCGGCGGUUGCAUGCCUCUCGUUACCAGCAUUUUCAACACGCAGAUGAAAGCUAUGGGCCAGGAGAUCAAGAACCACCUCUGCCCACAUUUCAAUUUCUCUCGAGCGGAUCUCUACCACAUCAUUUCCGUCAAGGGAUUGAAGACAUUGGCGGAAGUUAUGAAGGAGGCCGGGACCGAUCCAACCAGCCAAGGCUGUGAAGCAUGCAAGCCUACCAUCGGUUCGAUUUUCGCCUCGCUCUACAACCAGCACGUUAUGAAGAAACCUUACCAGGGUCUACAAGAGACGAAUGAUCGGUACCUGGGAAACAUCCAGCGGAAUGGUACCUACUCUGUUAUUCCUCGUGUCAGCGCUGGAGAAAUUACCCCAGAGAAACUGAUCGUGAUGGGAAACGUCGCGAAGAAAUACAACUUAUAUACCAAGAUUACCGGUGGGCAGAGAAUUGACAUGUUUGGGGCAAAGAAACAAGAUUUGAUUCCCAUCUGGGAGGAACUUAACGCUGGUGGCUUGGAGAGUGGGCACGGAUAUGCCAAAUCUCUCAGAACCGUCAAGAGCUGUGUGGGCACAACAUGGUGUCGGUAUGGGAUUGGUGACAGUGUUGGUAUGGCUGUCCGAUUAGAAGAGCGAUAUAAGAGUAUCCGCGCCCCGCACAAAUUGAAGGGAGGUGUUAGUGGCUGUGUCCGCGAGUGUGCUGAAGCACAGAACAAAGACUUUGGCCUGAUUGCCACCGACAAGGGCUUCAACAUCUUCGUGGGCGGUAACGGUGGUGCGACGCCUCGGCACUGCGACCUCCUCGCAAAAGACGUACCUCCCGAUGAUGUUGUCACAAUCCUGGAUCGCUACCUCAUGUUCUACAUCCGCACCGCCGACAAGCUGCAAAGAACAGCACGCUGGAUUGAGAAUCUCCCUGGCGGCGUCAAGUACCUCCGCGAAGUCAUCCUCGAGGACAAGCUCGGCAUCUGCGCUUCAUUGGAAGCACAAAUGGAAGAACUGGUAGGCACUUUCUUCGACGAAUGGGCUGAAGCAGUCAAAGACCCAGAAAUCCGGAAGAAAUUUCAACAAUUCGACAACACUACAGAAACAUUGCAAAACAUGGAACUGGAAGAAGAUAGAGGACAGACACGGCCUGUAUAUUGGGCCAAGGAGAGUGUCAAGGAAGACUUCAAGAACACGAAGUGGACUUCUUUGACGUGGCAGCCCAUCAUUGAGGCUAGCCAUUUCAAGGGCGCUGACGAGACACCCAAUGGUAUCAGCGCGACAGUGAAGAGGGGUGACACUCAAUUGGCCAUCUUCAGGGUCAAGGGCAAGUACCUCGCCAGCCAGCAGAUGUGUCCGCACAAGCGCGCCUUCGUCCUCUCGGACGGACUGAUCGGCGACAAGGACGACCAGCUCUGGGUGUCAUGUCCGUACCACAAGCGGAACUUCAACCUGACGGGCGAGCAAGCCGGGCGAUGCCAGAACGACGAGGAGGUCAGCAUCGCGACCUUCCCGGUGGAGGAGCGCGAAGACGGCAUGGUGUAUCUGAAGCUGCCGCCGGUGCACGAGCUGGACGGCGUCCUGGGCACGAAGAAGUGGAUGGUGAAGAAGGGCGAGAGUGGCGCGCACCCCUUCGAGAAGCUGGAUAGGAGGCUUGGUCCCAAUGGGGUGGGCAUGAGAGGGAGAAAGCCCGCCGAGGCCAAGAAGGCCGUAGCGGCUGGUGGUGGGAAUGGCGAAGUGAAUAUUGACUGGUAAUGAUAACAACAUCUAUUAACGAGAUAUGUCCGGAGUAAAUGUAUAUAU